UCGUGGAGCGACAAUGGACGACCUUCAGUCGCUGGAGCUUCUGUCUCUGGUUUCCAGAGUGACAACCGAGCUCCAGAACCAUUUAGGAAUCAACGACAAGACCCUCGCCGAGUUCGUAAUCGACCAGCAUCUAAAAUGUGGCGGAUCAUUCAAGGAGUUCAAGGGCUCACUCGAGGGCAUGGGGGCGGAAUUCCCGCAGAGCUUGAUGGAGAGUAUCGAUCGCUUGGUGCUGGCCAUGCACCCGAAGUACAAGCUGAAGCAGAAUGCGACGGACAAACACUCCUCCGAGCGGGAAAACGGCAACGGUGCGAAGAUAAAUGAUAUUGAGAUGAAGGCAAAGGUGUUUAAAGCGUUGGCGAUGCCGGAUAAGGCACCCCAAUGGGAAGAUGGUGAUUAUACGAAGCCAGGAGAAAUUUCGAGAAACGAUGCCGGUGCAGACGUCCUAGACGAUACCUUUGCGAUGCUUGAAGGUCUGGCCGCGAAAGCCAGGGGCAAAGGGGAUGGAGCUAAGAGUAGGAAGCGGAGCAGGAGCCCAAGUAGUGAUGACUAUGAUCGAGGAACGCGGCGCCGAGAAAAGUACCGUUCCAGAUCUAGGUCACGCAGCGGUGAACGGCGCUACAGGCGAGACGAAGAUGUGGCCCACGAACGGUCAGGGACAAAGUAUGGAGGAAGGAAUGACAGAUACAGAGACGACUAUAAGGAUCGAAGAGGGCGGAGAGGCCGUGAUGAUGAUGACUAUUUCCGCAGACCUCCUACACCCGAACUUGACGAACGGCCGAUCCUUUACAAGGUGUACGAUGGACGAGUUACCGGUAUAAAGGAUUUUGGGGCCUUUGUCAAUCUACAGGGUGUUAGAGGGAAGGUCGAUGGACUUGUUCAUGUUUCUGCAAUGCAAGAUGGUGCUAGGGUCAAUCAUCCGUCUGAUCUGGUGUCGCGAGCACAGCCCGUCAAAGUCAAAGUCGUGUCUAUACAAGGGUCCCGUAUCGGCUUGUCUAUGAAAGAAGUCGAUCAAGUGACAGGGAGAGAUCUUGUUCCUCAGAGACGUAUCGCCUCCGGUGCAAAUAUGGAAAGACUCGAUGGAACUGGAGCUGAUGAUCGCUAUGGUAAUUUAAGCUCCAACGUACAUGUAAUAGAGGAUGAUGACGACGGGAAGCCGCUAAGGAAUAAAAGGCGCUUAAACUCGCCUGAAAGAUGGGAGAUUAAGCAACUCAUUGCUUCUGGUGCCGUUUCGGCUGCAGAUUAUCCCGAUAUUGACGAAGAAUAUCACGCCACACUUAGGGGAGAAGGCGAUUUUGAAGAAGAGGAGGAUGUGGACAUUGAAGUUAAGGAUGAAGAACCGCCAUUUUUAGCUGGACAAACCAAGCAAUCGCUGGAGUUAUCACCUAUCCGUGUUGUCAGGGCACCUGAUGGCUCGCUGAACCGAGCUGCAAUGGCUGGGACAAACCUUGCAAAAGAAAGAAGGGAACUUCGCCAACAGGAGGCACAGGAUAAGGCUGCAGAACAAGCCUCCCAAGUUGAUUUAAAUGCACAAUGGCAAGACCCCAUGAUUGCGCCGGACCAAAGAAAAUUUGCCUCCGAGUUGCGGACCGCACAGAAAACGGAUGCAAUUCCCGAAUGGAAACGAGUUACCCAAAGUAAAGACGUUUCUUACGGAAAGAGAACGAACUUGACAAUCAAACAGCAAAGAGAGAGUCUUCCAGUUUUCAAGUUCCGCAAACAACUGCUAGAGGCCGUCCACAAGAAUCAGCUCUUGAUUGUGGUCGGUGAUACUGGCUCAGGAAAAACUACUCAAGUCACCCAAUAUCUUGCCGAAGCUGGGUUUGCAAAUGAUGGUAUGAUCGGAUGUACGCAGCCUCGUCGAGUCGCUGCCGUUUCUGUUGCGAAACGUGUUGCGGAAGAGGUUGGUUGCCGACUGGGCCAGGAAGUUGGAUACACUAUUCGCUUUGAGGAUUGCUCGAGCCCAGAUACAAAGAUCAAAUAUAUGACAGACGGCAUCCUUCAGAGAGAGAUUCUUUUGGAUCCGGACUUGAAAAAGUACUCCGUUAUCAUGCUUGACGAAGCACACGAGAGAACAAUUGCUACAGAUGUUCUUUUUGGGCUUCUGAAAAAGACUAUUAAACGAAGACCGGAUUUAAAGCUAAUUGUUACAUCCGCAACCCUCGAUGCUGAGAAGUUCUCUGAAUAUUUCAACGGGUGCCCCAUUUUUACAAUACCAGGCCGGACGUUUCCUGUUGAGAUCAUGUAUUCUCGCGAACCGGAAACAGAUUAUCUGGAUGCUGCACUUGUCACAGUGAUGCAAAUUCACCUCACGGAGCCAGAAGGCGACAUUUUACUCUUUCUAACUGGUCAGGAAGAAAUUGACACGAGCUGCGAAAUUUUGUACGAGAGAAUGAAAUCUCUUGGCCCAAAUGUCCCGGAAUUAAUUAUUCUUCCCGUCUAUUCUGCUCUUCCCAGCGAGAUGCAGAGUAGGAUCUUCGAUCCAGCACCUCCAGGAAGCAGGAAAGUGGUUAUUGCGACGAAUAUCGCCGAAACAUCCAUUACUAUAGACCACAUUUAUUAUGUUAUUGACCCUGGUUUUGUGAAGCAGAACGCUUAUGAUCCAAAAUUAGGCAUGGACUCACUUGUCGUGACUCCAAUCUCUCAGGCACAGGCCAAGCAACGAGCAGGUCGUGCUGGAAGAACUGGCCCUGGUAAAUGUUUUCGUCUAUACACGGAGGCUGCAUUCCAGUCCGAAAUGUUACCAACUUCCAUCCCCGAAAUUCAACGCCAAAACCUAUCUCAUACUAUCCUGAUGCUAAAAGCUAUGGGAAUUAAUGAUUUACUUCACUUCGACUUCAUGGACCCGCCGCCAACAAAUACUAUGCUUACAGCUCUUGAAGAACUAUACGCCCUUUCGGCCCUUGACGACGAAGGCCUUUUGACCCGACUUGGCAGGAAAAUGGCAGACUUCCCCAUGGAACCAGCUCUCGCAAAAGUUCUCAUCGCAUCAGUCGAUAUGGGUUGCUCCGACGAGGUUCUAAGUAUCGUAGCUAUGCUUUCCGUCCAGAAUGUUUUCUAUCGUCCCAAAGAAAAACAGCAACAGGCCGACCAAAAAAAGUCCAAAUUCCACGAUCCGCAUGGCGAUCACCUUACUCUUCUCAAUGUCUAUAACGCCUGGAAAAAUUCCCGGUACAGUAACCCUUGGUGCUUUGAAAACUUCAUUCAAGCUCGGCAAAUGCGGCGUGCACAGGACGUUCGCCAGCAACUAGUUAGUAUCAUGGAGAGAUACCAUCAUAAGAUUGUAUCGUGCGGAAGGAACACGAUCAAAGUUCGCAAAGCGUUAUGUUCGGGAUUCUUCAGGAAUUCCGCGCGCAAGGAUCCACAAGAGGGCUACAAGACUCUGAUCGAAGGAACGCCGGUAUACAUGCAUCCCAGCUCGUCGUUGUUUGGGAAGGCAGCGGAACACGUUAUUUUCCAUACACUGGUGCUGACAACGAAAGAAUACAUGCAUUGUACAACUGCGAUUGAGCCGAAGUGGCUCGUCGAAGCAGCACCGACGUUCUUCAAAGUCGCUCCAACUGACCGCCUGUCUAAACGGAAGAAGGCAGAACGUAUCCAGCCACUCCAUAACCGUUUUGCUGGCGAGGAUGACUGGCGAUUAUCUGCUCAAAGACGACAGGGAAGAGGUGGUGGUGGCGGCACUUGGGGUUAA